UGGCAUUCUCAGGCAGAUCAACUCGAACGGGCGUCAAGUGAACAACACGCAACGACGAUAUAUCCGAACCAAAAUCCAACGAAAAUAUAUAAUAUUUAAACUUCAGAACUAAAUCUAAAAAUCGCAAAAUGGUUUACGAAAGUGGAUUUACGACUCGCAGAACCUACACCUCGAGGCCAGUGACGACUUCUUACGCCGUUACGUACCCCUCGGUCCAGAAAGUAACUCGUGUGUACAAGUCGAGUUACCCCAUCUACUCGACCUACUCGGUGCCCAAACGCAUCUAUGGCUCAACCCGUGUGGUGACCUCGCCCAUCCGUGUGGUGACCUCACCUGCCCGAGUGGUGUCCCGUGUCAUACACUCUCCAUCGCCUGUUCGCGUUGUCCGCACGACGACCCGAGUGAUUUCAUCGCCGGAGCGCACUACCUACUCCUACACCACGCCAUCGACCUACUACAGCCCCACCUACUUGCCAUCGACCUACACUUCGACCUACAUCCCGACAUCGUACACCACGUACACGCCGUCCUACGUCUACAACCCGACCACGAUCACCCGGGUGUAUGCCCCUCGCAGUUCUCUUUCGCCUCUGAGGAUCACCUCCUCGCCGGUGAGGGUCAUUACCAGCCCGGUUCGCUCUGUGCCUGCCUACUUGAAGAGGCUGCCGCCUGGAUACGGUGCUCGUGCCCUGACCAAUUACCUCAAUACUGAACCCUUCACCACCUUCUCUGAGGAAACAAGCCGGAUUCGCAACCGGGCGCAAUCUCUGAUUCGUGACUUGCAUACUCCCGUGGUGCGCCGUGCACGUAGCUGCACUCCCUUCCCAGUCACUGGUUACACCUAUGAGCCGACUUCUCAACUAGCUCUAGAUGCUUAUGUGGCCCGUGUCACAAAUCCCGUUCGCCAUAUUGCCAAGGAAGUUCACAAUAUUUCCCAUUACCCCAGACCAGCUGUAAAAUAUGUUGAUGCCGAGUUGGAUCCUAACCGCCCAUCUAGAAAAUUUUCUGCCCCUAGGCCCCUGGAGGACCCACUCGAUGUUGAGGCUAAGGAGAAGCAGCGUCUUCGCCAGGAGCGUCUUUUGACGGUCAACGAGGAAGCUCUCGAUGAAGUUGACCUGGAGAAGAAGCGAGCCCAGAAAGCCGACGAGGCCAAGCGUCGGGAAGAGAGGGCUCUGAAGGAGGAGAGGGAACGCCUGGCAGCUGAGGCCGAGAAACAGGCUGCUGCCAAGGCCAAGAAGGCUGCCGAAGAGGCUGCCAAAAUCGCUGCCGAAGAAGCUCUUCUGGCCGAGGCUGCCGCCCAAAAGGCUGCAGAGGAAUCGGCCAAGAAAGCUGCUGAAGAAGCUGCCCUUAAAGCCGCUGAAGAGGCUCGUUUAGCCGAAGAAGCUGCCGCUAAGGCUGCCGAAGAAGCUGCUGCUAAGGCUGCCGAAGAAGCUGCUGCAAAGGCUGCCGAAGAAGCUGCUGCUAAGGCUGCUGAGGAAGCACGUCUAGCAGAAGAGGCCGCCGCCCAGAAGGCUGCUGAAGAAGCAGCUCUUAAAGCUGCCGAAGAGGCUCGUCUGGCUGAAGAAGCUGCCCAAAAGGCUGCUGAAGAAGCCGCCUUGAAGGCUGUUGAAGAAGCGGCCCAGAAGGCUGCCGAAGAGGCUCGUGCUGCUGAAGAAGCACGUCUGGAGGAGGAUCAGCGCCUUCGUGAGCAGGAGCUGGAACGCCUUGCGGAAAUCGAAAAGGAAAGCGAGGGAGAGCUUGCCCGUCAGGCUGCCGAGCUGGCCGAGAUUGCGCGCCAGGAAUCCGAGAUCGCUGCCCAGGAGCUGCAGGCCAUCCAAAAGAAUGACGCCGAGGCCACUGAGCCUCUUGUCGAAGAGCCUAUCACGCCCAUUGAGGAACAGGAACCGGUCAUCGAGCUCGGCUCCAAUGUUACCCCCACUGGUGGCAACAACUACGAAGAAGAUCUCGAUGACGAAGAGGAAGAGGAGGACGAGGAGGAGGAAUAGAUUCUACACAAUCAUCAUGCUGUCAACCUAAUUUAAAAGAAACAAUAAAAAUAAUAUAAAACCAA